UCUUCUUUUUCCUUCUGAUCCCAGAGCUGAAGCUGAAGGACAAGAUUCAGGCUAAAAAAGCCAUGGCAAUAUCUCCAUCAGUUGAUUUUGAGGUCUUAAUAAAAGGGCUGAACAGUUGGAAUCUCCCCAGUGGCCCUGUCCCUUGUGAACUACUGCUCAUUGGUGAAGCUGCUUUCCCAGUCCUGGUGAAUAAGAAUGGCCAAGUCUUCAUUGCUGCUUCACAAUAUGGCCAGGGUCGCAUGGUAGUCAUGUCCCAUGAAGGCUACCUGCAAGAUAACAUAUUGGCUCAGUUUCUUUGCAAUGCUGUGGGCUGGCUCAACCAGAGACCAGGAACUGUUGUUGGGGUGCACACAUCUGUGGAACCUCUUGCUGGCAUUCUCCAUGACUCUGGAAUGGAGGUGCAAAUUAUGAAUGGCCUUGAAGACUCUGUUGGAGCUUACUGCAUCAAUGCCUAUGACAGUACCUUGGCCAAAGAGAUGAUUCAAUUUGUGAAAAAUGGUGGAGGCUUACUUAUUGGGGGCCAAGCUUGGUAUUGGGCAAGUCAACAUGGACGUGACAAGGUUCUGUCCAAUUUCCCUGGGAACCAGGUGACCAGUGUAGCUGGUGUGUACUUCACUGAUGCCUUUGGAGAUACAGGCUUCCUCAAGGUCUCUAAGAAAGUACCUGAAAUUCCACUUUCACUCAGGUUUGGGGAAGAACUCUCUCAGGACCAACAGGAACUCCUGGAUGGAAUCACAGAGCUGGAUAUUAAUACUGAUGGACAGCCUUCUCAGCUUCUGGUUCAUGGAGCCUUGGCUUUCCCUCUCGGGCUAGACUCUUCAUUUAACUGCUUCCUGGCAGCUGCCCGCUAUGGCCAGGGUCGAGUGGUACUUGCUGCUCAUGAGAGCAUGCUCUGUGCCCCAAAACUGGGCCCUUUUCUGUUCAAUGCUGUUAUCUGGCUAACAGGAGGACAAGUAGGCAGAAUUGGUGUUAACAUUAAUCUUAAAAAACUAUUUACCUUAUUGUCUGAUAGAGGCCUGAACUGCAGCUUAGAAUCCCAUCUGACCCCUGGCUUAAGUGUUUACUGCUGCUCAGCCUACAGUGACCAAGAAGCAAGGAAGCUGCAUGAGUUUGUGGCAGAGGGUGGAGGGCUACUGAUUGGGGGCCAAUCCUGGUGGUGGGCCUCCCAGAAUCCUGGCAAGCAUGCUGUGGCUGAUUAUCCUGGAAACCACAUCCUCAACCCCUUUGGUCUCAGCAUCCUAAAUUGUACUCUACAAAAUGGCCGAUUUCCUGUCCUUGUGCCCAGUGAAAGAAACUAUCAUUUCCGCUUAGCAUUGUCUCACUUCCAGGAUGAAGUGAAGGGAGACAAAAUCUUGCCAAAAGCCUGGCAUUCUAAGCUAAGGAGAGACUGUGGGGCCUUCCUGAAGAUUCCUGCAGAAGGAAUCCCCACCUAUGCCUCUGUGCACAGAUUCUUGAGAAAAUUGCUCAAGCAAACUGGCGUCCCCCAUGUCAGUGAGGAUCACCCUGUGCACAGUGAUUCCUUUGAGGCUACACUGCUCUGUGUGGCCACUGAGCUUACUCAAAGUGGGAUAGAUUGCUUUUCACUGAUCCACAGAACUAGUAAUGGGACUUGUCCUUUCCUAUCAAGACCCCCUGUCACCAUGGAGAUCAAUGGUACCAGUCCAGAUCAUACUACAUGGGUGAGCACUGGACUCUACCUCCCUGCAGGCUUUACUGUGUACAUCAGAAUACUAAGUGCUGUGUCUGCUGGCCUACAGGUACAAAUCGGCUGCCACUCUGAUGAUCUCAGUGGGGCCAAGAAGCUUUGCCGAGCACCCGUGGUAAUUCACCGCUGCUAUCUGGACAGACCAGAGCUGUCAGUCUCCUGCCUCUGGGGGGGCCUCAUCUAUAUACUUGUGCCUAAGGGCAGUAACCUGGGUCCUGUGCCAGUCACCAUCUCUGGAGCUGUGCCUGCUCCAUACUUCAAAUUGGGGGAGACAUCACUGGAGGAGUGGCAGAACUCUAUUCGCCACCAUGCAGGGCCCUGGGGGGAGCUGGCAACAGACAAUAUCAUUCUCACAGUGCCUUCUGAACAUCUUCAAGACCUGGACAACCCAGAGCCACUGCUUCAUCUCUGGGAUGAUAUGAUGGGAGCCGUGGCCAGACUUGCAUCAAUAAGCUUCCCUUUCCCUCGACCCGAGAGGAUUGUAGUGGAUGUACAGAUCUCAGCUGGUUGGAUGCAUUCAGGAUAUCCCAUCAUGUGCCACAAAAAGUCAGUGGAGAAAUUAAUCAAUGAGAAGAGAAUAAGAUCUAAUGGCCUCUGGGGUCCCAUCCAUGAGUUAGGCCACAACCAGCAACGAAAGGUCUGGGAGUUUCCUCCACAUACAACUGAGGCUACUUGCAACUUGUGGCCUGUGUAUGUACAUGAGAUGGUGCUAGGUAUCCACCGGAGUCGGGCUCACCCUGAACUGACUUCCUCAAAUAGGGAAACCAGGAUAAAAGAAUACCUGAGAAAAGGGACUCCCCUAAAUGACUGGAGUAUUUGGACAGCAUUGGAGACUUAUUUGCAGCUACAGGAGGCUUUUGGCUGGGAACCUUUUACACAAAUCUUCAUGAAAUAUCAGACCUUAUCAGGAGUGCCCAACAACAAUCCUGGCAAGAUGAACCUGUGGGUAAAAGAGUUCUCUCAUCAAGUGCAGAAGAAUUUGGCUCCUUUCUUCCAGAGCUGGGGCUGGCCUAUCGAGGAGGAUUUAGCUGCUUCCCUGGCCUACCUCCCUGAGUGGCAAGAGAACCCCAUGAAAAUAUACCUUCUCUAAACAAUCAGCAGAAUGAUUUCAGAGAGGCCUGGAGAAACUUACAUAAACUGAUGCUAAGUGAACUGAAUAGAACUAAGAGAACAUUGUAUACAGCAACAAGAAGAUUAUAUGAUGUUCAGUUCUGACAGAUGUAGCUAUUUUCAAUAGUAUUUUCACUUUUUUGUUGUUGUUUGCUUGCAUUUUGUUUUCUUUAUCAUUUUUUUUCCC